UACGAAGCAGACCUUGAAAAUUUGAAUUUCUGUGACAAAAUUCUUUCGAAUUGUCUCAGUGUUCCAUCUUCACAAGUUCAGCAAUGGAGAAUCCGGUUAAAGAGAUAAUUGAGAAGCAAGUGUUGACGGUAGCGAAGGCCGUGGAGGAUAAGCUCGAUGAAGAGAUUGCGGCAUUAGAUCGGCUAGAUCUCGAUGAUAUAGAGGUGUUGAGGGAGCGCAGACUGCAGCAGAUGAAGAAAAUGGCGGAGAAGCGGAGCCGGUGGAUGUCUCUCGGCCACGGAGAGUAUUCGGAGAUUCAGUCCGAGAAAGAUUUCUUCUCCGUAGUUAAGGCUAGUGAGCGAGUUGUCUGCCAUUUCUACCGCGAGAAUUGGCCUUGCAAGGUUGUGGAUAAGCAUUUGAGUAUAUUGGCAAAACAGCAUAUAGAGACACGCUUUGUUAAAAUUCAUGCAGAGAAAAGUCCAUACUUGGCCGAGAAGCUGAGGAUUGUUGUUCUCCCAACACUUGCCCUCGUAAAAAAUGCUAAAGUGGAGGAUUAUGUGGUUGGAUUUGAUGAGCUUGGCGGAAGAGACGAUUUUAGCACAGAGGAACUAGAAGAGAGGUUAGCCAAAGCUGAAGUUAUCCAUUUUGAGGGUGAAUCGUCUUUGCGUGCAUCAAAACUUAAAUCGCAAUCUAGGAGUGUACGCCAAAGCUCAAAUGCAGACUCAUCUGACUCAGAGUAAAUGGUGAAUGAAAAAUUGCUGCAUAGUUGAUCAUGAAAGAUCCCAAGACCUGUUUCCCAGAACAACUACAGUACCAAUUUAGGUAUGUGUGAUUUAUUUUGAGGUGUGAGCAUGGAUAGGAAAAUGAUAUUGUUGUAAUGACAAUCCAACUAUUUAAACCGCAUUUAUAGAGAAAUAUGUAAACCUUGUUUACUUCAA